UGUUAUCGAUGUAGAUAACUAGCACUAUCGAUUCCAAGUGAUGUUAAUUAAUCACUUUUACUGUUUACUUUUUUAAUUAAAACUGAGAUAAUUAAAUUAACGACAACGGCUGUUCUUAACCCACUGCGACGCGUAAACGAAGCCGUUCCAAUCGGCUUGUCGAAGAAAAGAAAACCACCCAAGGGAAAACCACCAGGAAGUUGCCAACCGAACCCCCAAAAAAACCCCAUUUGGCGAAGACAACAAGAGUAAUCAAGGCGUGUGUGUGGAGUGCAUAGUUAAAUCAGUGAAUAAUUUACCGUACGGCCUUCGCCUUCCCCUGGGGGAACAACAACAAAGUCUCACGUUCACUUACACCCACACAUAGGCAUACCACGCAACACAAGACGCACACAUAGGAAGGCCGAUAACCUGUGUGUGAGGCAAUCGCCGUCAUCGCCCGAAAUCAAAUCACUUAUCGGGGAAAAUAACAAUAAUAACAACAGAAGCAGCUGCAGCAUAAUCAACAAUUAGAUAUAUAAAUACGGCUCAAAUAUGGGAUUGUUAUUAUCGCGGCUGUGGCGGAUGUUUGGAAAUGAGGAGCAUAAGCUGGUGAUGGUGGGUCUGGACAAUGCUGGAAAAACGACCAUCCUGUAUCAGUUCCUGAUGAAUGAGGUGGUCCAUACCAGUCCUACGAUCGGUUCCAAUGUGGAGGAGGUCGUUUGGCGAAAUAUACACUUUCUCGUUUGGGAUCUCGGAGGCCAGCAGAGCCUGCGAGCUGCCUGGAGCACCUAUUACACGAACACAGAGCUGGUGAUCAUGGUCAUCGACUCGACGGAUCGGGAAAGGUUAGCUGUGACACGAGAAGAGCUCUACCGAAUGCUACAGCACGAGGAUCUGAGCAAGGCUAGCCUUCUGGUCUAUGCCAACAAACAGGAUCUUAAAGGUUCCAUGUCGGCAGCAGAGAUUUCAAGACAACUAGACCUCACAUCCAUCAAGAAGCACCAGUGGCACAUCCAAGCCUGCUGUGCGCUCACAGGCGAAGGACUCUACCAAGGAUUGGAGUGGAUCGUGCAGCGCAUCAAGAACAAAUGACCCGCCACACACGCUACGUAUUAGCUAAUUAAUCAUUAACAACUAGCUGUCUAGAGAAAGUAAACCAAUUUUGAUAUAAACAAUUUUUAAGCGUUUCCAAAUUGUUUGAAAAGUUGUUGCCAAGCCAAUUUUAUUUAGUGUAAAAUACGUCUGAAGAAGGAUACCCUCAAUGAUUUAAAUCUACGUGUAUAUGGAUAAUGUCUAGGAGCUAAGCCAAUUAACUACCAUACUUCCAAUAAAAUUACAAAAUAAACAAGUUUAUUUCGA